UGAGAACAAACACAAUGUGAAAGUGGUAUUUAAAACAAGUCGUUGUUGAAGGAUUUCAUUUCCAAAAUGUCAUCCAGAAAUGCAAGAAACGCGAAAAAGUCUUCCAGGAACCUACCUGUGACGUCUAGGUGUGUAGCAAUUGUUUUUAAACGCGUUGACGGUGAAUGUCAAAGUGAAAAUAAAAAUGAAAGUUGCGACAGUACUGACACUGCAGUAAACUCACAUGACAAUGGUAAUCAAAACCACUUUGAAUUUGACAGGGAUUUAUUUACACUGACCAAAAAUUCUGAUAAAAGUGAAAAUAAAAUUGAAGCAACAUCAAAGAACUCGGUGAGCUUUGAUGCCAAGAAAGUGUUUGAUGAGUUCAAAUUGCGGAAUAAGACAUGUUACUGGAACCCUGCGCUGACAGACAGCGUGGGCUCGCUGGAGUAUGCGGGUUUCAUCGAACCACUCACGGUACUGGUACGUGGGGAUGACGUGCACUUGGAAAACAUCCGAACUGCAUGGGGACGGCGUGUCCUCAAGGAUCCAGCUCACUUUGUUAUAGACAGAAUAGGUGAUGUACAGGGUAUAGAGAUGCAGGUGAUCCCGCAGACCCAGUUUAUCCCGCUCCCUGAGGCGCUGUGUCUCCUGAUCCUCGAUCUCAACAAUAGUCAGAUAGUCGCCACCCUCGACACCGUCACUGAGCGCCUCCGACAACGCUACCAGGGCAUGAACCUCCCUAGCAACCAGCUUAUGUAUGACACCCUGGGACAACUCAUUCGAGAGCGCAAGGUUUUCCAUACAGGAUGUGGGUAUUUUGUGGUGACCCCGGACACAUUUCGCAUGCACGGGGAUGACAUGCAGUUUGGUCAGAUGAUGUCUCAAUGGACACACCUCCAUCCUAUGUACAUACCAUCUGCUUUCAGUCAACCAGCCCGUCAGCCAAUGAGAUCUAUUUCCUGUCAAGUGGAUUCAGAGGAGAAUGUGAUUGGUCAGUCUGAUUCAUGUGAUCUUCCAGAGAAGAGAGCUUCUGUUUGUAAUGAAAAGUUACAGGUUGAUAUUCCCACUGUACGUGUCCAGCGCAGCAUGAGUGUGAGUGUGAAACGGUCUCGGGAACGUGGAAAACGGGAUGACGGCUCUGAAGCUGGCACACUCAAGCGGAGCUCCUCCAUGAAGGGACGCAACGAGAAACAACGUAAACAGGAGACCAAGUCUGAACAGAAACAGGAAAAGGGAAAAGUAAAGACAUCCUUCUUCUCCAAGAUAUUUGGACGAAACAAGAAGAAACCUAGCCAAGAGGAACCUGUCAAGCCCACCAAGCCAGUGGUUGAGUAUGCAACAUUCUCCGCCCAGUUUCCUCCUCCAGAAUGGAUGUGGUAUCAGCAGCAGCAAGACCGACAGAUGCGCACAGAGACCUGGGUCCAUCAGCAGAUGGCCAAGUGUGGCACAUGGCACUAUCUGCAGCGAUUCUCCCAACAAAGCCCCUCUGACAGUGUCAAGCUGGGGCCCAGCUCCCUGCCUGAACCUGUGGAGAAGCCGCAGCCCAAGGGCAGCAGUCUGCAGGGGACUGCACAUACCACAGGGGGUGUCAUUAAUGGGACUGGUAAAAAGUCAAAAGGAAAGUCUCACAAGAAGGAUAGAUUACCUGUUGUUAUUGCAAAUAUUCCCGGUGAAAGUACGAGGAUAGACUUUGAGCAAAAAAAUACAUAUACAAACAGUAUGGGACAGACUAAUAUUAAGCUGAGCUCUCUACCCACGAGGCUGUCUCCAUCUGGAGAGGUGGUACAUUCAAACUAUGUCUCUCAUCCCAUGUUUAGUUCAACACCAAGGUUCAGCUCAGUUAGAGAGCAAUAUAAAAAAGAAUCUGAAGAUGAGGAAAAUAGACAUGAAGGAAAGGUUGAGAAACCAGAAAAGUCAGAGAAAUCAAAAUCCUCACGGAAACCUCAUAGAUCAAAGAAAAAGUCUCAUCAUGAUAGACAUUCAAGCUAUUAUCCAAGCUCAAGGCAUGUCAGUGGCCUCAGCCAGCCUCUCUCUCCAGUACGUGAUGAAGACAAUGACAUCAGCUUUGAAUACCAGGGAAAGAUACCUAACAAAAAUAGUUCCUUUGUGAAAUCACACAGUAGUGGCGUAAACUGUAUUGGACUAGAAGCUGACAAUAAAACACAAGUUAAGCUUUCGUAUAGGUCACCAAUGGACGCACUGCAACCAAAUGGUCAGAAAUACCAAAGAUCAAGUUCAUAUAGACACCCAGUCAGUGACCCACAAAGGCCAUCAUUGAGAUCAAAUUCAUAUAGACAUGUAGUAAAGGACAGAUCGGAUCAAGGCCAUUCAGAGAGUCUAGGUCAAGGUCAUAUUUAUGCCAAUGUACAUAUUACUGAGGAUGCCAGGCCUGCACUGCCAGAAAGGUCCAACAGGAGGCUUUCUUCCCAAGACUGUGAAGGUCACAUGAAUCCGGGUCAAUGCUACAGGGCCAUGUCCCCGGCCCAGUCUCCAAACUACCUCGACCUUCCAGAGAGUGACCGGCGGUCAGAGCCUGGGAGUGACAGAGGCACACUGACCUCAACCUCUAGCCGGGGUCAAAGUUCACAUGACAGUGCAAUAGAUCAGAGCAGUGAGCACAGUAUGGGCACUGUUAUUCACACGCGGCCUGUGUUGAGCCACCAACUGGAGAGACUGGUGGCUGACACCAAGGAACUCGUGUUGGGAGACAGCGGGUUUAGUUCCCCGAGACCUACAGACAAUGGGAAAGACACAUCAAAGGGAGAGGGGAGUCUGAAGGAUCAGACAGACUUCAUGUGCAAUAACCUUAGGACUGAUGUGAGAGGGAACCAUUCAUCAGGGAAAGGGGGUGAAUUUUCCGAUGAUUCAUUUGACAGAAUUUCAUCAGAUAAGCUUUAUGAAAAUGUGCGAAUAAGUCACAAAGAGAUGUUGAACAAUAUGAAGUACCUUCACAAGGAGAUUAACGUGUCUUCCCAGAACCUGAAUGUACCAAACACGACAGCUGAUAGCAGCAGUAGCCACACAGACUAUGAUCCCAAACAAGCGGUGGCUAAGAAGUUUAACUUUGAGGGAGACUUCCACGUAGUGGGUGUGGUGUAAUAUCAAUAGUUGAUAGAUGGCAGUCAAAACUCAGUGCUAUCAUUGCUAUGCAUGCAACACAAAGCAGUAGUUUAGCAUACUGAACUUCUGAAGAGCAGAAUUCAGUUAUUAUUAACUUAUUUCAACUUUAAUACUCCUUGUGGAUAACUAUGUAUAAAGUACCCAGACAAAAUAGGAAAGAUGGUUUUACACUUUCCAUUUCAUAUUCUGUUUGAUAACAUCAAAGUGCGUGUUAUUUUAACCUUUUUCCCUUUCGUGUUUCGUUCAUGAAAAAGGUCACGUCACUUUUUGAGUUUUCAACAAGGUCACCACUUAGCAAAUUAGAGCUAACACCUAGUCAAAGAUUGUUUUCAGUUUUCAUUUAGACUACAGCAAGCUCAGCUGCAUAAUAGUUCUCUAAAAAUGAUCUCAAUUAUUUAUUUGUUUUAAACUUAAUAUAAUUUAUUCACCAUUUCUUUUAAGUAGAUAAUUGUUACGGUUUCAUUUCAACCAGUUUUAUUAUCUUUAAUUUCGUGAUAUAAAAAAUAAUUACUAAUUAGGGUCAAUGUUACACAUUGCUGAUAAUUAUACCAUGUAGUGCUAUGAACAUGCAUGAAUGUAAAUGUUUGAAUACAAAAUUAUUUUAGUUGCUGGUUUUAAAUAAUAGGCUGUAUAUAUUUGAUUUGAUUUUAAUAGAAGAAUUUUAGAAGUUUAACCCUUGGCUUUACCUGUUUUAGAUGACGUAUUUAUCCUUUUGUAUAUAUAGAUGUUAAAUCAGUGUUGUGUAGACAUACCUUGCAUCCUGUGAUAGUUCCGAUGCUUGUUGACAAUGCCAAAAUAAAGAGAAAAAUGUGA